UAAAGGCACAAUAACACCACCCUGGCUCUAAGAAAAACAAAAACAAGAAUCUCUUUUAAAAUGGAAUAAAGAAAAAAGAAAAAAAAAAUUGCUCAAAAGAAAAUGUUUUUUCUUGGGGUUAUCGUGACGUAGAAGUGAAUGGGAAGCCGAAACGAAGACGAGUUAAUGAAAGAAGAUAAAAGAUAAAAGAUAAGCCUGAUUUUAAGGACAAAGUUUGCAGUAUGUCGGAGGAGGAGCCAGACAAAGUUGAAAAGACUGCCCUUGCAUUCGAUGACUUGGAGGACAUUCCAAGCAUCGACUGUGAAGACAGCCUUUCGGAUUCACUUCCCACAGUGAAAGAGGUUGUCCCUUCGAAGUCUACAAAGGGCAGUACUGGAGAAAAUGUAGAGAAGAAGGAGGAAAUGGCAAGUGAAAGGAGAGAUAAAGAAGAGAAAGAAGAGGCAGGGCAAGAAGCAUGCAGUGGAGGAAGUUCUAGAGAUAAGCUAGAUGAGGGUACAUUGCAGCCUGAAGAUAAGGAAAGUGGGGUCACAGAUAAGGCCAGGGUAGAGGAUGGAGCAACUGAUAAUCUGGAAUCACCUGCUGUAACUCACACGUUCUCGUUCCCCCUACGGAAGGAAUCAGGAGGGCCCCCUGACGCCACUCCAACCCCACCGGAGCCAAUGGACAGAGAGGAGGGUAAGGCAUCCCUGGCCUCUUCAUCACCUAAGCUCUCUGCCAAAACCAAGACCAAAUCAAAGAAGUCCAAGGCAUCUCGUCUUGCCAAGGAAGAGAGGGACUCGGACUCCUCAGUGUCCUCCCGGAAGAAGGGCCGAACAACCACGAAGACACAAGUCAAGUGCAAGUUUGCACCUGGAGGACUAGAGUACAUCGAGGACUGUCUGCAGGGACGCUUCUUCUCAGGUUGGGUGGAGGAACGGCGCUGGGUGGAACACCUGGGGGGUUACCGGGAUGAGGUGCAGGUGGAUGAGUGGGAGGUGGAGCUUAAUGCGCAGCUCAAUGCCAUUGUCAGAAGCAUCCCAGGCGUGCUAGAAGGCACUAAGUGGAUCAACAUCACACCUCCAUCAGCCACAGAGCUAUGCUACAGCCUUUGGGUACUGCUUGGGGAAGCACCAAGUCCAGGCCACUAUUGGUUCACUGUGACAGGGGUGGCUGUCCAACCCCAGUUUGGCCUGCGCAUUUCCCUAAGGAUUUUGAGGAGCAUCCACCCCCAGGACUAUGAGACAGCCGAGGUGCGGCGGAAGAGGCGCAAACAACUGGUGGCUGCAACCGAGCCAGGCCAGGAGCUGGAGACGAUUGGCCAGCACAUCAUGGACUGGUGGGAGCAGGCCCAGCAGAUUAGUUGGGCCGGAGGAUGGGCGGCCGUGCGCUCCACCCUGACGCUGAGCAAUAUCAGAGAGGCUGUGAGGUUCACCGUGGUGCUAGUGAUCACGCUAGUGGUGGGUCUGGUGGCAUUCCUGAGGGAGUCCCACCAUGUUGCCCUCCGUUUCAUCCGAGAAGCUGGCAUAUUCUUCCGCAACAUCACACCCUUCCUGCAGUCGAUAAUGGGCUUUGUGGAGAAGCUCAUUGGUGGCUUCUACCUCCUGAUAGCCAUGGUCUACAGGGACUUCCGUCAGCCAAGUGGUCCUCCUGGUCCUCCACCUCCCUCCUCCUUUCUCUCCCCGCACAGGCAGCCUCCCUUAGCUCUAGGUCAGGCUCCCCCACCUUCCCCCUACACCCCUACUGGACCUAGGGUUGUUAAGUAUGUUGGCCCAGAGCAGUGGGUGUAUAAAAGCCAAAAUAAGAGCUCGUCACCUCCAAGUUGAGGAAUGUGUCUUCUUGUUUGGUAAAUCAAAUAUUACAUUUUUACAUUUUUAUUCUCUAGGGAUCUUUUUUAUAUUAAGUUAUUGGAAAUAUCAUACUUGCUUUUAAUUACCUGUCUAUGGCCAAUAUUUAUAUUAUUUAUUUUUCUUGCAAGUUUUUCUUUAUUUUACCUAUUUUAGUGUCAUAUUUCAGGAUCUGCUUUGCAUUUACUCCUCAGUUUAUCCAACUUGAAUUUGACGUUUGGUUCUCAAUGGUAUAGUGAUUUUUACACCUCAGAUGGCAUUUCCCAUUCCCUCAACAUAUGAUCCUUUCACAAGUGUGUCUUUCACUCCCUUCCAUUCAUGAAUUCACUCCAUUCAUAAUCUUGUAACUAGUCACUGCAAGCAUUUCUCUUCUACUCUCAAGAUGCAGUAGAUUCCUGAAGCAGGUAAUGACAACUGUUCACAACAUGAAUAUAUAUAUGCAUAUAUAUAUUUUUAAUACUCACUGAAUGUUCAAUAUCAAUACUUCUAGCAGUGGUUCAGACAUCACAUAGUUGAGCAGAGUAUGAGAAUGUGCCUUUUUCUUUAUGUGAUGUCAUAUGGUGCCUAAUCAGAGUUAUGUGUUCUGCGUAAAGAACACAGGUGUUAUAUCUGAUGAAAACCUAGGAAGAGAAACAUUUGAUAUUAUGUUUAAUUAGUCUUUAUUUAUUUGGAAUGUUGAAACUGGUUUGCUGUUUUCCUCUCCCUCUCUUUGUUUCACUACAAAAUCUUAGAUAUGGUUUGUUGUAGUGUGAGUAAUUCCUUGGAAAUUGUGUGUAGAAAUCUUUACUGUCCAGAACAGUUGGCUUUGCUAAAAGGAUUUUUCUAUAAUCUAGGAAAAAAUCCCCAAAUUUUGCCUACACAUAUCCAGUCACUGUUUUUGAGAAAUACAUUUUGUAUUAAUGAAAAACAGGAUAUACUACUCACAAGGAUGUUUACCAUAUUCAAAAUAUUUAGGUUACACAUGUUCCCCAGUGUUUAUAACAUUUUUACCUUCAUGACUUCCCAAUCUUUACAUCUGCAAAAAGCAGGAAGUAGAAAGUGGUGGUGUGUGUGUUCUAAAAGAUUAGUCAAUCUGUAGAGUCUGAUCCUAAGUGGUACAAAUAUAUGGGUGUUAACUAGUGUAGAGGAGAUAGAGCCAGUGUAUAGAAAUUUAUGCUAAUAAUUUUGUUUAUUUAUACCAAAGACUUUUUACGAAUCUCAAGUGCAAAGCAUCUACAAGCAGUGUUUUUCUAAUUGGUGCAGAGAAGGAAAGCAUUUGCAAACAAAAUUAAGCAGUAGAUCAUCUGCUUAGAGAAUUCCUUUCUGUUUGGGAACUAAAGUAAAGGUACUCAAGAUUAUCUUAGUAUUUUAAAUUAAAAUUAGACUAGAAUAACAAAGGAUAAUAAGAAUAGAGUUGAGUCAGUGCAUUAACAGCAGGUCACAGUUAUAAUGAGAGUAUAGUGUUUAUUACAAGGCUCAAUUUAGAAUACAGAGUUACUUCACUUCAGGAACUGCAUUUAGAAAUACAGAGUCACUUCAGGAAAAAGCAAUAGCUUUGUCAUAUUUUUUUCUUCCUUUUUUUUUUUUAGUUAUAUUGUGAUCAGAAGAUAAAAGUUGUGUGAAUGUGUGUAUCUAUGCAAACAAUAGAGGUACAACCCCACCAACAAGUCUCUGCCUCUAAUAUAUUUGAAAAUGAUCAUGCAUUUAGAUGUGGAGCAAAAAGCUACAUCCCUUGAAAACAGAGUAGAUGCACUACAAUUUGUCUCUACCUUUUACACUGGUCUUAAAAGUAUACAGGUUCUCAGUCAAUAACAGCACUCAGUAAAUCACUCCCUUACAACCUGACUGCUACAUUUAUAAAACAUAUUGGGAACUGGAUUGUCCUGCAGUGCCAAACCACCUUUAGUAUGGACAACUGCUCUUGUCCCUCCAUGUUUACUAUACCUUUCAGGUUGGUGAAUAUUUCAAGGAUGAUACUGAAACAAAGUCUAUUAAGUAAAGCUAAAUGGCAAGGAACAGCUGAUCUCCUUACAGAUGACUAUAAUGAGGUUUGGUAUAAUAUAGCAUCACUUUUAAAAAUGGUAAUGGUUUUAAUGCAAUGGAGUUUACAAAUUACCUAAAAAGGAUGUGACAUUAGAUUAGAUUUUUAACCCAUUCGCGCCGGGUGUCAUGUAUACAUGACGUGCCCACUGUGAGCUUACUUGUUUAAUUGUUUUCACAUAUAGAUGACUACACUUGUACUUGUACUGCCUGUCUCGCCUGUUUACCCUUUUCUUUAAUUUACGAAAAUAUUUUACAUGAUCUUAUUUUGCUGUUACUAAUGUUUAUAACAAAAUAAUAAAUAACCAUCGAUAUUCAUAGCACUAGUAAAAAUAUUUUUUCCCGCCAUUUCAAGUAAAGGUGAAAUCAGGUAAGGCAUAGCCAUCUAGUGUAGAGGGGUAUUUCACAAAAAAAAAAAAAAAAAAAAUGAAUACAGCAUUUUCCCCAUUUUUUUUUCAUUUUUACCCGGCGCAAAUGGGUUAAAAAUAUAAGAUCAGAUUUUCUGAUAAUUUGCUGGGAAAGAGAAAUAGAAUAUCUUUAUCAUUGCCUAUAUCUAAUAUUAUGAAGUAAUAAUUGGACCUACAACAGAUCAUAUUGAUGACAUGACAAAAAAAUACAGAACUGUGUGGUUAAGCCCUGUCAUGAAGAAACAAUAUCAGCAGCUGUUAUACCCUUUGUAACAGUCAGUCAUGUAAUUAUUUAAGCAGCAUUGCCAAAUAUCUACUGUCAUUGAUUCACACACAAUCCAAAUGCCAGAUAUGAGUGAGUGCACAGACUGGCAACUGCCACUGGGAACAGCAAUCGCAAAACACACCCCAGACAUAACAGAAUUGAUCAUGUAUUUUUCCUAUUGUAUUAAUAAGAAAAGAGGCAGAGACUGUUUGUUAUAAGUGUACAUGUAAUAGCUUUUACUUUGGGCACUUGUUAUACCUGUUAUAGAAAGAAAUAAAAAGCAGUUGACAGCAAGGGUAAGAUUUUUUUCUAGACAAAUGCAGAUGGCUGUGGAAUUGUUCAGCAAUAUUGUAUUUUGUGUAAACUUUUUACUUUCUCAGUGUUGAGAUAUGUAAAUCAUGAAGCCAAUAAAUACUCAGAAAAUA